AUGCCGGAGCUUCUCUAUCCGCCUGCACCUCGAACAAACGAUGUGAGCGGAUACUACUCUUACGGAUCAUACUGCAAAGAAGGAAAGCCGUUGCCGAGGGAUCUCCGAGACUUUGUGUCAGAUCAAAAUUCAAGAGGAACUAUAGUUGUGGCAUUUGGAACAAUUGUGCCUUGGGAUGCUGCUCCUUUGGAUAAGUUGCAGUCCUUCGUUGAUGUGAGUAACAUCCCAUCUGUUCCUUUUGCUCAGGCGCUCAACAAUUUUACCGAAUAUCGCAUUGUAUGGUCGUACAACGGAAGAAAGAUCAGUGUUGGAAAGCACAUCAAACUUUCUAAGUGGAUUCCUCAGAAUGAUUUGCUAUUACAUAGGAAGACCGUUCUAUUCAUAAGUCACGGAGGCCUUAAGAGCGUGAAAGAAGCAGCUUGUAGCGGUACUCCUUCACUUUUCAUGCCUAUGUUUGCCGAACAGAUGAGAAAUGCGUGGUUGGCAAAAAAUAAGGUGGGUUAUGCAGAGAUACUGAACAAAUUUCUUGUUUCAAAAGCUUACGUAGAGCAAAAGAUCAGCGAUGUACUAGGUGAUCCAAAGUACGCUGCCAGAGGAAAAGUACUAAAAGAGGUAGGUGAAAGACAGAAAAAGCUAAAAGAUAGUCGAGGCUUAGCAAAGCAGCAAGAAGAAAAAGACAACAAGACAACGAAACGC